UAGAAUGGAUACUUGGAAGACAUUUUGGGGGAUCAUCUUCCUUGCGGCAAGUUUUGGCGUCAAGUCACAGAGAAUUGUCUGCAGGGAGGCCACUGUGGGAGAUGUCGUGUUUCUGGUGGACACCAGCAUCAACCCCCAGGACAACCGCAGUGUGCGGGGCUUCUUGUACAUGAUGGUCAAUGGCUUCAAGGUCAGCCGAGAGGCCGUCCGCGUGGGGCUGGCCCAGUAUGGCGAAGAGCCCCGGUCCGAGUUCCUCCUUUCCACCUACCAACGCAAAGGCGAAGUGCUGAGACACAUCCAGAGGUUUCCAUUUAAGCCUGGGGGCCACAAGUUGGGCCUGGCCCUGCAGUUCCUCCUGGAUCAUCACUUCCAGGAGACAGCGGGGAGCCGCGCGAGCCAGGGCGUGCCCCAGGUUGCCCUGGUGCUCAGCACAGGCCAGCCGGAGGACCACGCGUGGGAUCAAGCCGAGGCCUUUAGGAGGGCGGGCAUCCUCCUCUAUGUGGUGGGUGUCAGAGACGCGGGAUCCGCGGAGCUCGGGGAGAUUGCAAGUCGCCCUGCCGAGAAAUUUGUCUCCAUUGUUCCCAGCCUCUCUGGUCUGGGCAGCCUGGCCCCGAAGCUGAGGCAGGAACUCUGUAAUACUUUGGUAAAUGCAGCUCCAGCUGUUGGCCAUGUCUCUCCAGCUUGCGGAGAAGCAGUCCUGGCCGACAUUGUCUUCCUAGUAGACAGCUCGACCAGCAUCGGGCCCCAGAACUUUCAGAAAGUGAAGAACUUCCUUCACUCUGUAGUCUUGGGGCUUGACAUCAGCAGUGACCAGGUUCGAGUGGGACUUGCUCAGUAUAAUGACAACAUCUACCCAGCCUUUCAGCUGAACCAGUAUCCUCUGAAGAGUGUGGUCCUGGAGCAGAUCCGGAAUCUGCCCUACCAGACGGGAGGCACAAACACAGGGAGUGCCCUGGAGUUCAUCAGGACCAACUACUUGACUGAGGUGGCUGGCAGCCGGGCCAAGGACAGGGUUCCCCAGAUAGUUAUCCUGGUCACAGAUGGGGAAUCAAACGAUGAAGUCCAGGAGGCAGCUGACCGGUUGAAAGAAGAUGGGGUUGUUGUGUACGUGGUCGGGGUCAACGUCCAGGAUGUCCAGGAGUUGCAAAAGAUAGCCAGUGAACCAUUUGAGAAGUUCCUCUUCAACACUGAAAACUUCAACAUCCUGCAGGAUUUCUCUGGAAGCAUUCUUCAGACUCUGUGCUCGGUGGUGGAGAGCAAGAUUAAAGAAUACACCCAGCCCUAUGCAGAUGUAGUCUUUCUCGCUGACACGUCACAGAACACAUCGUGGACCAGUUUCCAGUGGAUGCGGAAUUUCAUCUCCAGGGUGGUGGGCAUGCUGGAUGUUGGCAGGGACAAGUACCGGAUUGGGCUGGCUCAGUACGGUGGCCGAGGUCACACUGAAUUUUUGCUUAAUACCUACCAGACCCAGGAUGAGAUGACUGCUCACAUCCAUGAUCACUUUGUGCUCCGGGGAGGUCCCAGGAGAACGGGCAAAGCUCUGCGAUACCUUCAUCAGACCUUCUUCCAGGAGGCAGCAGGAAGCCGGUUUCUCCAGGGCAUUCCCCAGUAUGCAGUGGUCAUCACCUCAGGCAGAUCUGGAGAUGAGGUCGGGGAUGCAGCACAGACAUUGAGGGAGAAAGGCGUGAAAGUCAUGUCCGUGGGUGUCCAAGACUUUGACAGGAGAGAGCUGGAGGGGAUGGGGACCCCACCCCUUGUAUAUGAGAUGCAAGGACAAGAUGGUGUCAGACAGGUGACACAGGAUAUGAGCUCAGUGAUCCAAGGGACUGGGCAGCUCGAGUUCAACAGCGAGGCAGAGAAGGAGCCGAUAGCAGCGUGUCCGACUGCAGUCCCGGCUGACUUGGUAUUCCUCAUUGAGGAAUUUCCCAGGGACAGGCACUUGAAUUUCCAACAAGUUGUCAGUUUCUUAAAGACCACCACCCACUCUCUAAGAUUUCAUCCAGAGGUUGUGAGAAUUGGCUUGGUCUUCUACAGCGAGGAACCACAGCUUGAGUUUUCACUGGAUACAUUUCAGGAUCCAGCCAAGAUCUUGGAGCAUCUGAACAAAUUAACCUACAGGGGGAGAAGGGGAAAGACCAAGACCGGUGCUGCUUUGGAUUUCCUGAGGAAUGAGGUUUUCAUUCAGGAGAAGGGCAGCCGGUCCUCGCAAGGUGUACAGCAGGUAGCCGUGGUCAUCACAGAAAGCUCCUCCCAAGACAAAGUGUCCAAGCCCGCUUCUCUCCUCCGCAGGGCAGGGGUUACCAUCUAUGCAGUGGGUACCCAGAUUGCCUCAGAGAACUCAGAUCUGGAGAAGAUAGCGUCCCAUCCUCCUUGGAAGUAUGUCAUCUCCCUCGAAUCUUUUUUGCAACUCACCGUUGUGGGAAGCAAGAUUAAGAACCAACUCUGCCCUGAGAUUGUAGGCACCAGGGUUUCCAUUUCUGGGAUGGGCUCUGAGCUACAAGAAGGCUGUGUGCACAUCCAGAAGGCAGAUAUUUACUUCCUUAUUGACGGGUCCGGCAGCAUCAACCCAGAUGAUUUUCUCGAAAUGAAAGUGUUCAUGAAUGAGGUGAUAAAGAUGUUCCACGUGGGGCCUGACAGAGUACAGUUUGGAGUUGUUCAGUACUCAGAUGGUAUCGACACUCAGGUUAUCCUCAGCCAGCAUCCCAGCAGGGAAGGGCUGAAGGCUGCCAUCGAUGGCAUGCAGCAAGGAGGGGGCCCCAUGACCGGCCACGCCUUGGGCCAUAUGGUUCAGGUCUUUGCAGACACUGCUCGCAGCAACAUGCCUUGGUAUCUCAUCGUCAUAACCAACGGAAAAUCUAUGGAUCACGUAGCAGAGGCUGCAGAGGCAUUGAGGAGAGACAGAGUCACCAUUUAUGCCGUUGGAGUCAGGGAUGCUAACACUGCUGAGCUUCGGGAGAUGGCUGAGGACAGAAUGUUUUUCGUGCAUGAUUUUGAUUCCUUGAAGGCCAUCCAACAAGAAGUGGUACAGGACAUCUGCUCCUCAGAGACCUGUAAGAACAGGAAAGCUGACAUCAUCUUCCUGAUGGACGGUUCUGAGUCCAUCCCCCCGAAAGACUUUGAAAGGAUGAAGGGAUUCAUGAGGCGAAUGGUGAACCAAUCUAAUAUCAGUGCCGAUGAAAUUCGGAUCGGCCUUCUGCAGUUCAGCUCCAACCCGCAGGAAGAAUUCAGGCUCGGCCAGCACUCCUCCAAGGCGGACAUCCACAGGGCCAUCUCGAACGUUAAGCAAAUAAAUGAUGGCACCUACACCGGGAAAGCCCUGAACUUCACGCUGCCUUUUUUUGACAGUUCAAGAGGAGGGAGGCCCAGUGUUCAUCAGUAUUUGAUUGUAAUCACCGACGGGGUCUCCCAGGACAGUGUAGUCCUACCGGCCAAGGCCCUCAGGGACAGAAACAUCAUUAUCUUUGCCAUUGGGGUGGGAGGAGCCAGAAAGUCUCAGCUUUUGGAGAUCACUAAGGACCAGGGCAAAGUGUACUAUGAAGAAAAAUUUGAGUCCCUGCAAAACCUGGAGAAGGAGAUUCUGUACAAGAUCUGCAUUCCACAAGGAUGCCACAUAGAUUUGUCUGUAGGAAUUGAUGUGUCCACCCCCACGAGGCAAAUUCAGCAGUCGCUUGAAGAGUUACUGCCAGAGCUGAUGCAAGAGCUGGCCUUGCUUUCCAACAUCAGCUGUAGCCUUCCCGGUCAGACCAACGUGAUGUUCCGCUACGUGGUUCCUGGCUCAAGUGGCCAGCUCAUCUUUGACUCAGGUUUUGAAAAGUACAGUGAUGGGAGAAUUCAGAAGUUCUUGAUUCAGCAGGCUGCCAAUAGCAACCACAUGGAUGUGGAUUUUUUGCAGUCCCUGGGAGAUAGUGCUCUCCGUCUCUCUUCUGCUAAAGUGAAGAGGAUGGAAGCUGUGGUCAGGGCGGGGAGAGAACGCGGGCUGCAGCCGACGGAAGGAGAACCAAGAACCCGGGCAAGCACCUCGGGGGAGAAGCGCCCUGAGAGCCGUGGACUGAGCCCAGCCCGGGAGGAAAACGCGCCUGGAACGCGGCACUCCUCCCGCUCCCGGCGCGCACGCCCCGACCUCUCGCCUGGACUGUUGCGGGAGCCCCCCCCACCCGCACAGCGGUCAGAAGGGCCCAGAUGGAAUCUGUCUGGUGGUGCCCCUCGCCCGUCCCCUGCUCAGGGAUCCUGGUUUCACCUCGAGGAGAAAGGAAGCCCUGGUGAGGCCCCUCCGGGGCUGCACUGGGGGACCGCACCCCACCCUCGGGCUCCGACGGCCUCAGCCCACCGGGCUGUUCUGGGACGACACAGGCUUCUCCCGCCUCGUGGGCCGGGCUGGCUGUCCCUCUGCCUGGACGGCUCCUUCCUCACCUCCUUCAAGCCUGUGCUCCGAUGUCACUGCCCACAAGAGGCCUCCCGGGAGAAAGAGGUCCCCGAGGUCUUCCUGGACUCCGAGGUGAGGACGGAUGCCGGGGCAGGAGAGGACCCAAGCUCAUGGAUGCAUGGUGAUCGUGGAGUCCCAGGGUCAUCUGGAGAAAAAGGAAACAGGGGAAGUCGGGGCUUGCCUGGACCACCUGGACGACCUGGCGAGCAUGGAGAGCCUGGGAUGAGGGGAGAUUUUGGGGAUCCUGGAACUGAUAGUUUCACCCAAGGCCCCAAGGGGGAAAAAGGGAGGCGUGGACACCAGGGAAGUUCUAACAUUGAUGGACCUCACGGGGGAACUGGAAGUGUUGGCCCUCAGGGUCCAAGAGGAAGACAAGGUCUGCCAGGAUUGAAGGGUAUGCGUGGAGAAUCCGGCGAACAAGGUUACCCAGGAGAGCUUGGCCAUCCAGGCUCACAGGGACCAAGAGGAAGGCAAGGACCGCCAGGAACUUUGGGAGAAAAAGGCUCACCGGGUGCUCAGGGUAAUGCUGGGCUUCCAGGGCCAAAUGGUUCCAAAGGAAAAGACGGACCAAGAGGAAUGAAGGGAGAGCGUGGUGUUCCAGGAGAAAGAGGACCACUGGGUCAACAAGGACCAAGAGGGCAACCUGGUCUUUCUGGCCCAGAUGGAUAUGGACGUCCAGGAAGAAAAGGAACAAAGGGUGAACCUGGAUUUCCUGGCUACCCUGGUGCACAAGGAGAAGAUGGUGAUCCAGGCCCCCAAGGAGAAAAGGGGGCAAAAGGAAUCAGAGGGAAGAGGGGGAAUGCUGGACUUCCUGGGUUUGUUGGAACUCCAGGAGACCCAGGCCCUCCGGGACCAGUGGGCAUCAAGGGCCCCCAAGGUUUGGCAGAUAUGACGCCUUGCGAAAUCAUCCAUCUUGCUCGAGAAAACUGCCCUUGUUCAAUAGGUGUCUCCAGAUGCCCAGCGUUCCCAACUGACCUGGUGUUCGCCUUGGACACAUCAAAUGAUGUCUCCCAGCUGGAGUUUGAGAGGAUGAGAGACAUUGUUGUCUCUCUGUUGAUGAAGGUGGACAUAAGUGGGGGUAACUGCCCCACGGGGGCCCGGGUGGCCGUGGUCUCAUACAACAACAGAACAGACCACCUGGUUCGCUUCUCCGACUACCGGGGCAGGCCCGCGCUCCUGCGGGCACUCAGGGAGGCGGCCCUGGCAGCGCCCUCCGGCAGCAGGAGCCUCGGGGGCGCCAUGAGGUUUGUGGCAAGACACCUGUUCAAGCGCGUGCGCUCGGGCCUUCUGCUCAGGAAGGUGGCCGUGUUCUUCCAGGCGGGCUGGGCCCAGGAUGCCGACACCAUCAGCACCGCCACGCUGGAGCUCAGCGCCCUGGGCAUCACCUCUGCCGUCAUCACCUUCAUGGAGGGGCACAACCUCCCGGAGGCUCUGCUGAUGGAUGGAACCAACAGAUCUCACCUGUACGUCUGGGAGACGGAGAGCCAGCAGGAUGUGGAGCGCAUGGCCCGCUGCACGCUCUGCUAUGACCCGUGCCGCCCGGCUGUGGAGUGCGGGCGGGGCGCCCCCUGGCCCCUGGCGGUGGACAUGGAUGUGGCCUUCGUGGUGGACAGCUCCAGCGGCGUGGACGCAGACUUGUACCGCGCCGCCUUGACCCUUGUGGGCGCCACCCUGGAUGACCUGGAGGUGGCUGCGGAGCCCAGCACAUCCCCGCGUGGGGCGCGCGCGGCCCUGGUGACACACACGACUCCUGGCUUCUGGCCGCCCUCUGGCCACCCACCUGUGCGCGAGGACUUCCACCUGACCUCCUACAGCCGCCGGAUGCAGAUGCAGAAGCACGUCCGCGAGGCCGCAGGCCACCCGCUGCAGGGAGCCCCUGCCCUGGGCCAUGCUCUGGAGUGGACGCUGGAGAGGGUGCUCCUGGCAGCCCCGCUGCCCAGGAGGGUGCAGGUCCUCUUUGCCAUCGUGGCCAGUGAGACCAGCGGCUGGGACCGGGAGAAGCUAAGGACUCUGUCCCUGGAGGCCAAGUGCAAGGGCAUCACUCUGUUUGUGCUGGCCUGGGGCCAGGCUGUGGGGGCCCGCGAACUGGCUGAGCUGGCCCGCCUGGCCAGCGCCCCCUCUGAGCAGCACCUGCUACGACUGGAGGGGAUCUCGGACCCGGAGGUGGCAUACGCCCGGGGCUUCACGCGGGCCUUCCUGAACCUCCUAACAAGUGGAAGGAACCAGUACCCACCCCCAGAGCUCAUGGAAGAGUGUGGGGGCCCGAAUCGAGGGGAUAGCUCUGCGGCAGUCAGCUCUGCCUGUCAAGAGGUAGGCUGAGGGCCUGGCUGGGCUGGUCCCACAGCUCUGUCCCCUGCAGGACACUUUCUCUCUGGGGUCACAGGCAAUGCCAGUCCUCGACCUGAUUCACACCACUGGGGCUCAGAUGGUCCUGUGACUUCCAAUAUGGUUCGGUUUCUCUUUUCUUAGUUUUUAAUAUCAACGAGUAAUACGAGACCCCUGAAAAAAAUUCAGAGAGCACAGAAGUGGGUAAAAGCAAACAAUAACAAUUUUCUACCCGACCGCAUUCCCCAUCCUCUAGUCUCACGCCCAGAGGUAAAAUGGAUCACACUUCACAAAUUAUUAGUCUGAUGUUUGCGCACA